UUGUGAAGACUCUUUUGCCUUUACUUGUCCGGUGUUGACACAGUUGUUACCCCAUAUGGGAACACCCACUGUGGACAAAGAACUUUCAGAUGACAUCAGCUUCCUUUACCUGGAACGUGGAACGGUGCAGUUUAUAGGCAUGGAAAUCAAAAAGCAUAUUCAGUCCAAAAGGAGUGGAGUAGCCUGAGGAGUGUGUGUUUCACUAUCAUUGUUACACCUUCACUCUGGGAUUUACCGGCUCCUGCCCCAGGAAGAUUGCUUCUUGUGUCUCACAAAGGUGUCUUCUUGCUCCAGCUUGUUUGAUCCUUGGCAACCUGCCUGGGAGCCAAAAUACAGUGGAAACAACCUCACCCUAUCACCAUUAUCAGCCCAUCAUCCCCAACCAGGCAUCCUGCUAUCUCCAGACAUUUAACCACUACAGACUCCAUGAGAACAUCUGCUGAAAGUCUGGUGAACUACUAGCUUCAGUCAGACUAAGCGUGGCUGGAGAGUUAAGGAAGGUCCAUUCUGUCCACAGUGCAACAUUUUAUGGAGAUCUUGAGUUGACAUCAUCUGAUACCAGUGAUACCAGAUCAUAAAUAAUUUUGAUGCAUACUUUUUUCGUACACCUCUGCCCUUAAACUUCCUUCUCCAAAUUGAGAUUCCUUCUCCAAAAAUGGAUACAGCCUCUCUGAAUACAUCCCUGCAGUCUGGAGGUCACAGUGUGGGCACAGAAUCUCCAAAUCUGUCGAUGAAAUCAUGGGGUUUCACAAAUGACAGUGAUUCUUGCCAGAGUCAACACUGGAACUUCUUCUUGGCCGCUAACUUCAUCAGUGUUGUGGAGAAAUGCAUGAGCUUUAUGCAGACAGGGACUCAGAUGGUGAAACUGAGAGGUGGCUCAAAGGGCCUGGUACGGUACUUUUACGUGGACGAGCACAAGUCCUGCAUCCGCUGGAGGCCCUCCAGGAAGAACGAGAGGGCAAAAAUCUCCAUCGACUUGAUUCGGGAGGUGUGUGAGGGGAAGCAGUCAGAGAUCUUCCAGCGGUAUGCAGACGGCAGCUUUGACCCCAACUGCUGCUUCAGCAUCUACUACGGUGAACAUAUGGAGUCUCUGGACCUGGUAUCAGGUACAGGCGAGGAGGCGCGCACCUGGAUUACUGGUCUUAAGUACCUUAUGGCAGGCAUCAGUGAUGAGGACAGUCUGGCCAAACGCCAACGCACCCGUGACCAGUGGCUGAAGCAGACUUUCACAGAAGCUGACAAGAACGGAGAUGGCAGCCUGAGCAUCAGCGAGGUUCUACAGCUCCUGCAUAAGCUCAAUGUCAACUUACCCAGGCAGAAAGUAAAGCAGAUGUUCAAGGAAGCAGACACCGAUGAUAACCAGGGCACUUUGGGCUUUGACGAGUUCUGCUCCUUUUAUAAGAUGAUGUCGACCCGGCGAGACCUGUACCUGCUGAUGCUCACCUACAGCAACCAUAAAGACCACCUGGACACAGAUGAUCUGGCACGCUUCCUUGAAAUUGAGCAAAAGAUGACAAGAGUCACAAAAGAGCAUUGCCUUGAAAUCGUCGCCAAGUUUGAACCUUGUCCUGAAAACCAGAAGCAGGGGGUUCUGGGUAUCGAUGGUUUUACGAAUUACAUGCGAAGUCCAGCUGGAGACAUCUUUCAACCCGAACACUAUGAAGUCAACCAGGACAUGACUCAACCGCUGUGUAAAUACUUUAUCGCCUCCUCACAUAACACUUACCUGAUGGGGGACCAGCUGAUGUCUCAGUCCAGGGUGGACAUGUAUGCAUGGGUCCUGCAAGCAGGCUGCAGAUGUGUGGAAGUGGACUGUUGGGAUGGACAAGAUGGAGAGCCAAUCGUACACCAUGGCUAUACUUUAACAUCCAAAAUCCUUUUUAAGGACGUCAUUGAAACCAUCAACAAAUAUGCAUUUGUCAAGAAUCCGUAUCCAGUGAUCUUGUCCAUAGAGAACCACUGCAGUGUUCCCCAGCAGAAGAAGAUGGCUCAGUAUCUGGUGGAAAUCUUGGGGGAGAAGUUGGACCUGUCAUCAAUCAAAGUUGACGAGUCAGGACUCCUGCCCUCACCUGAUUCCCUCAAAGGCAAAAUUCUUGUCAAGGGCAAGAAACUGCCCGCAAACAUUGACGAGAACGUAGAGGAGGGUGACGUGUCAGAUGAGGACAGCGCUGACGAGAUGGAAGACGACUGUAAGCUGAUGAAUGGAGAUACUUCUAUGAAUAGAAAGCAGGUGGAGAAUGUUGCAAAGAAAAAGUUGGACAGCCUGAUGAAGGAGUCGAAGAUCCGUGACCGCGAGGACCCAGACAGCUUCACGAUAGCAGCGCUGCCUCCCUCAGCAACGCGGGAUGAAAAGACAGCCACGAAGGGGAAGGGAGAUGAGACGACUGACACAGGAGAUGAGUCCAGCCCCAGCACCAAUAAACGUCUGGCCAGGUCUUUCAUGGGCAGCUUCUCCAGACGUAAAAAGAAAACAAGCAAAGUCAAGAAGACAUCCAGUUUUGAGGACACAGACACAGACCAGGAGAGCUCCAGCAGUGCAUCGAAAGUCCCAAUACAUCACAGCAGAAGGAAGAAAACGAUGAAGUUGUCCAGGGCUUUGUCUGAUUUGGUGAAAUACACAAAGUCUGUGGCCAUGCAGGAUCUUGAGACACAAGGAAGCAGCAGCUGGCUGGUAUCAUCCCUAAGCGAGACGAAAGCUCACCAGGUGAUACAGCAGAAGCCAGCCCAGUUUGUGCGCUUUAACCAGCGGCAACUGUCACGAAUUUAUCCCUCGUCCUACCGUGUGGACUCGAGCAACUUCAACCCACAGCCUUUCUGGAACACUGGAUGCCACCUGGUGGCACUGAACUACCAGUCCGAGGGUCGAGUCCUUCAGUUAAACAGGGCCAAGUUCUUCAGCAAUGGCAACUGUGGCUACGUUCUCAAACCCGAGUGCAUGUGUGAAGGUUCUUUUAAUCCAAUAUUGGAGGACCCAUUGCCAGGACAGAUGAGAAAACAGCUGGUGGUGAAGAUUAUUAGCGGCCAGCAGCUGCCCAAACCCAAAGACUCCAUGCUGGGAGACCGAGGCGAGAUCAUUGACCCUUUUGUGGAAGUGGAGGUCAUUGGCUUGCCAAUCGAUUGCUGUAAGGAGCAAACCAGAGUAGUGGAUGACAACGGGUUCAACCCCAUGUGGGAGGAGACCCUGGUUUUCACUGUGCACAUGCCAGAAAUCGCACUGGUGCGCUUCCUGGUUUGGGAUCAUGAUCCCAUUGGCCAGGACUUCAUUGGCCAGAGGACCAUCGCCUUUAAUAGCAUGAUGCCAGGUUAUCGCCAUGUUUAUUUAGAAGGGAUGGAGGAGGCGUCCAUUUUUAUUCAUGUGGCUGUGAAUGACAUCACUGGUAAGGCACGGCCAGCCAGCGGCAUAAAAGGGCUGUUUCACAGAAAUCCAAAGCAGUCUUCUCUAGACAGCCAUGCUGCUGCGCUGCACAGCCGUAAGCCCGCUUUUGGAGCCCACCUGCUUCGCCGCACGGCCAGCGCGCCCACCAAGGGCCAGCCCAAAGUUAAACGUGGCUUCCCUGAGAUCGCCAUUGACACCAAAGACUAUAGCUCAGAGGGAGCCAGUUCGGAACGUGAGUCUGAGGAGGGCCCAGCUGCCCAUCCCAACGGGGACACGGCAGCAUCAGCGCGACCGUGGGAGCAUGGCACCAACGGGCAGCUCCAUCCUGAUGAUGGUACAGAUCAUUCCACCGUGCAGAGACCCAUUCCUUAUCUGCAUGUCCUGGAACCCAUUGCAGAAGAAUAUCAGCAGAAAUCCUCUUCGACAUCCAAGUGCAGUCCAACCCAUACCUCAGAACAUUCCUCCAGUGAUGUGUUUAGUUUGUCUCCACCAUCCACAGCAAUAACAACACCUAAGGAAGACAACCACAGCCCUGUAAAAACAAAUGAGGACAAGCUACCUGUUCCUACCCAGUGUCCCUUCCCAAAUGACAGUAGUGGGGAGGAUCAUUUCAAUACUUCCCUGUCCAUGAAUUACCUUGACAUUGGGAGCAAUAAGCCCAUUGCACCAGAGCCUGCAGUAGAUGAAGAGAUGAGUUUUGGUGGAAAAGUUUUACCGGAUGCAGGUGUUAAUAUUGGACAAACGUCAGAGUCAGAGACUGCACCUGAGCUGGCCACAAUUAAGAGAGAGAAGGUUCAGGCUAAAAAUGCUUUAAUUGACAAGGACAUAGAGCGAGGUUUGUAUUCUGGGCCUAGGACUCCAGUUCGAAGGACCAAAAGUGAUGGCCAGGUACGGGCAGCAUGCCCUGUUGAUGAGCAGUCAGCAGUGCCUCAGAUCUCCAUCGACGCAACGAUCAAUGACCGCCUCUGGUCCAAGCUUGAGCCAAGCACUCACCGUGACAGCGUGUCAUCUUCAUCCAGCAUUUCCUCAAAUGACACUGUGAUUGACCUCUCCCUGCCCAACCUGGCCAGGAAGAGUCUGACCUGUCUUCGAGCUGCUCGGGACUGUCAUGAUAGCCAGGAUUCAAUGGCCAACUGGAGUUGCCCGUCUCGGUCUACUCUCGGUACUACUAGCACACUUUGUGUCAGCAAGAGCAAAUCCAAUCCCAACUUGCGGGAUGGUCAGAUGUGUGAGCCAGUGGAUGAGCUUCUUCCAAGGCAGCUGGGGAGUGAGCAUGACAACAAACGACUUAUGCAGCGGCGUCACACCUGGAGCAGGCUGUACAUAGAAGGCUUAAAGGAGUCAUCAUCUGCUUCUAGCAAGAAAACCCCAACUCCUGCACCAAAAGACAUCAAUUGUGGCUCCAAGUCUAAGAGUCUGGGUGACCUCACGUCAGAGGACAUUGUGUGCAACUUUGAUAGCAAGUAUCGCAGCAUCAGUCGUAGUUUUGUGGUCAGACCUAGUCGCCAGCAGAGGUCCCCAAAGAAGCCCCAGGAUGACCUGAUGGAACGGCUAAAGAAACUCACCGAUGUAGAACCACUGACGAGCAGUGAUUUUACAUCCCACCUGCAUGACUCCGAGGCUGAGGAGAAAGAGGAGGAGCAAGAAGAGGCACCACCACUGAGGAGGAGCUCGUCGCGCAGUCAGAGCCGGGUGCGCUAUAUUGCCAACCGCGCCAGGCAGGCCCAGGAGAGGCAACGACUGCAAAGCCUCCUCAGAGGAUCCAACAGCCCCAUUGAGGAGCGGGGAAUCCCAGAGGGAGCCUGCAGCAUCACACGCAGCCCCUGUACCAGCCUGGACUUGCUGAGCCAGCUACCUCCAGGACCACCGCAACAGAGCCCUCGUAGCCCAGACAGUGAGGUCUUUUUUAUGCUCCGCCUCUGAUUGAGUAAGGGUGCCCUGAAGCAACACACACCAUGUUUUUGUUAGUUCAACUACUGAAUGAGACACUACAAACAUCUGAUACAAAGUCUGUUUCUUACAAUAAUGUCUGUGUAGGUGGAUGAUUUGUUUCCAACAGUUUGGGUAAAGCUGCUAUCAAGAUGGGUGUACAUCAGGCCCAACAAAGAGCAUGAAAUGUGGUCGAUUCCAAAGGUUCUGCACCUAUAGAGAGGGAUACUGCAGUUUUUAUAUGUUUAUUGUAACAGAAAAUUUCCAAAGUUUAGGUCAAUGUAUUGUCCUAAAUGUACUCAUUACAUUUAAACACUGGAAUGUCUUACAGAAAUCAAAUAUUCUCAAACUGAUAUAUGAAUUUUGUCAUUUUUACUUAAAUGGCCUGCUGUAGCAAUAGAGGAUUAUAUGUUGAACUGUAUGAAAUAUUACAUGUCUCAGUUUAAAAUCGAAUGACAUGUUUACUGUACUUAUUGAAAUACCAAUGCAUCUUGUUGGUGUUUAUAGUUGUGAAAUUUUUAUUUUAUUUAUUUUUAUUUUUUACAACAAACGCAUGGAAUGUAUUUGCAACAGUAAUUUAUUGUUUCUUGGAAUUUUUAUUUUUUAAAAAUUUCUUUUGUGAUCCUUUUUUUGAAAUUCUCUGCAUUAGGCAAAAUCACAACUGCCUUUCCUACUUUCAGCUUUUUUAAAAAUUAUUAUUAUUAUUUUAUUUUAUAAAGCACAGGGCAGUUUUUGCCAUUUCGCUUAAUCUUUAGAUAUUUCAGUUUAUAUACUGUAUCAGCAGAUUCCUAUAGAAAUUGCCUCUUUUCUUGCAUGUCAGUGAUAUAUUGUAAUCGUUUUAGUGUUUCUCAUUUAAGGUUUUUUUUUUUUUUUUUUUUUUUACAUUUUCCGCCACUCAGCAUGUGCACUGGUCCACAGUACAUAUCAGUCAGUGUUUUAAGAAUUAAUUAACUAUGUUGAAUAGGAGUACAUUGAUACAGUUGUUCAAUGGCACAUAAUAGGAUAGUGAUGAGCACAUCUCUCACUUUGUACUGUAAUGUUUGCGUUGUCAUGUCUACUAACUUUGCAAGAUUCUGGGAGAAUUUUUAGUAAAAGCAUAUGUACAUACA